AUGCCUUGGGUAGUGCUGCUCGCGCUCAUUGGUGUGGUAGCCACCGCAGCGCAGUCAUAUGACUACGGCAUAGACAUAGACCAACUCGUUCGCAGACAAGACCCUUCAGCCAAGAUUAUCGUCGGAAGGCUACCUUUGGCUUCUAAUGGAAGCAUGCCAAUUAGGCUUGAGCUCCGCGAUAUGAGAAAGGACGGGUACAUGUGGGAUCUGUACGUACUGGCGCUGAGCAUGUUUCAGUCCGUGAGCCAGGACCAGUCACUUUCGUGGUAUCAAGUUGCAGGUAUACACGGCGUUCCCUUUCAGCCGUGGAACGGCGUUCAGCCUGCGCCUGGAGCAAGUCUGUCAGGAUACUGCACUCACAGCUCUGUCUUAUUUCCGACGUGGCACCGGCCCUACUUAGCACUCUAUGAGCAACAAAUGUUUAAACUGGCAAAUGCCAUUGCCAGUCUGUUUGUCAACCCGACGGAGCGAAAUCUAUACCAGCAAGCUGCCUCACGAUUCCGAAUUCCGUACUGGGAUUGGAGCAUACCUGCUCCUCCUGGCGAGACACACUUUCCAGACUGCUUCUGGAGCCCAGUGAUUCUACAGUAUGGACCAAACGGGCCACAGCAUAUCCGCAACCCGCUUUAUUCCUACAUGUUCCAUCCUUUGGACGAAGAGGCCUUUAUUUGGAACCCGCUCAAACAUUGGAACGAGACCAAGCGAGCUCCGAACACAACUGCCAGUGAGACUGCGCCGCCUUCUGAAAAUUUCCAGGUCAGCGCCGCGCUGUUGUCGAAGCUUCCCGAACUACAGCAGCGUCUCUACAUUAUAUACUCAAACUAUCACGAGUACAACGCCUUUAGCAACAAGGCGUGGGCUGCGUCUCAGAAGGCGUCGAACCUCGAUUCCCUCGAGUCCAUCCACGACGUCAUUCAUUUAUAUGGAGGUCUGAAGGGCCACAUGACAUAUGUUCCGCUGUCGUCAUUUGAUCCCCUCUUCUUCUUGCAUCACACAAUGGUAGACCGCCUUGUGUCAAUUUGGCAAGUGCUGAAUCCCAAUGCUUGGAUUCAGCCUAUGGCAAACGGCGAAACUAGCUACACGGCUCCUAAAGGAACUGUGCAAGAUUCUACCAGCCCACUGGUUCCAUUUUACGAUACCCCCGACACCUUUUGGACCUCUGAUACAUCGCGAACGGCCGAGGUGUUUGGAUAUACCUACGCUGAUACACAUCCGCACAUUGGAGAUAGAGCUGCCCUGCAACAAUCUCUUGUGCGCAAAAUUAACAUAUGGUAUGGCGCUUCGAGUCCAGCAGGAAUCGCCGCAAAAGAUUCACAACUCCGAGUAGCUGCAUUGCAGAGAACAGGGGGGCCUUGGAGUACAAAGGCUUCCAAGGGAAGGCCAAACAUCAAACUCACAGCCGAGGACCCUCCUGUCGACAAGAUUGUGAAGGCGGGUGGUUAUACAGAGUGGAUUGCCAAUGUGCAAGUCAAUGUUGAGGCCUUGGAAGGGGUGUUUGAGGUUCACUUCUUUGUGGGCGCACCCGCGGAUGAUUCGGCAGAUUGGGCACUGUCGCCAAAUCAAAUCGGCACUGUAUCCAUUUUCGCCAUGAACCGGUCAACUGGAUCACAGUCUAAAAUCUCUGGCACCCUACCGCUAACGUCGGCACUGAUGAAACUUGUCGCGACUGGGGCGCUGGCGGACUUGGAUUCAUGCUCAGUCACGCCUUUUCUCAAGCGCGCAUUGGAGGUCAGGGUGCGCAGUCACAACGACAGUGUGAUUGAAUUGAGCCGUGUCGAAGGGCUUCAUAUCGAAAUUACCAGCGCUAGCGUCAAGAUCCCCGAGAGCGAGGUCGAGCUUCCAUCCUGGGGUGAGGCUAGGACGGAGUGGACAAUAUGGCCUGAUGAAGUAUGA